GGACCAAAAUUCGGCAAAUUCCCCACCGUUUCUCCAGCGGCGAAGCCUGGUCGGAAAACGCUGCCAUGGCGGAAGUUUCCAAUUUGCACAGCCUCAAUCGCCACCAGGAGGAAUUUGAACCAGAGCCGGAGCCGGAAUUCUUCAUUGCUGUCAACGCGUUCGUGGAUUUCGAAACCUUCUGCUCCCCGUCCAAUGGCUGUUCGAGUCCCUCCUUCCUAGAUGACAACACGGCGUCGUUCGAUUUCACGUUCGAUUUGGAUGGUGAACCGGGGAAUCUCGGAUCUGUGUGCGAGGAUUCGAAUUGUUUCAGCGACGAGGAAGAAGAAAUGAAUUUCGUGACAGAUCUGUAUGAUUACCGGGAAAGUCUUUUGUCGGAUGAUCCGUUUUUGGAGUUUCAUUGCGACAGGGCGGACGAUUCCGUUCUGGAACUCGGAAUCGGGCAGGGCAUCGGGGCGGACGCUCCGGACUCUGAUUACGAGGAUUUCGAGGUAAAUUCGCCGCUUGUGCACAAUGAUGUUGAUGUUAUCUAUGGUGGGAAUAGGGUUUUUAAUAGCUUCGAAAUUAGCGUCGACGACAGGGACGAAUUCGAGUGGGAAGAGGUGAGUGAGAGGAUCCACUUUGAUGAGAGGGAAACGUUGAACUCUGUGAUUAAUCGAAUUGAUGAAAUUUCCAUGGAAUCGAACAUCGAAGAGGUGAUUGAUGGAGUUCACUUCUACGAUGAUAGAGAUACUUUGAUCUCUGUGAUUGAUCAGAUUGAUGAGGUUUCCAUUUCAUCCAAUAUUGAGGACAAUUUGGGGUUGGGUAAUAGGGAUGCUUUGAUCUCUGUGAUUGAUCACAUUGAUGAGGUUUCCAUUUCAUCCAAUAUUGAGGACAGUUUGGGGUUGGGUAGGGACGAAGAUUUCGAGGAGGAAGAGAGGAAUAUCGAGUGGGAAGUGCUCUUAGCCGCCGACGAUAUCGACAAUGAUAUAAAUAUUAAUGAAGCUGCAUUGAUGAACCUUGAGUACGGCACUAAUUUUUUCGGGCAACUCACAGAUAAUGGGAAUUCGGAAAGGGGAAGUCCUCCAGCUGCCAAAUCUGUGGUGGAGAAUUUGCGUGUGAUGGUUUUGACAAAGGAUGAGCUUGGGGAGAAUGGCGAUUCGGAGGUUGUCUGUGCAGUUUGCAAGGAUGAGGGUGUAGUUGGAGAGAAGGCAACUAGGCUUCCUUGCAGCCAUCUAUACCACAAGGAUUGUAUUCUUCCAUGGCUUCAGAUUCGAAACACGUGCCCUGUUUGUCGGUAUGAGUUGCCUACAGAUAAUGCAGAUUAUGAGAGGAGGAGAAGUGAGGGCGACAGCGAUGAAUUGAGGUACAACUUUGAACUUUUGCCGUAAAAAGAAUGGUAGAGAUGAGCUUAUGUCUUGUGGGGAUGAUAUAAUUUUUUUAAGUUUCUUUUGGUAUGUAAAACGUGUAAUGUUUGUUCUAGUAUUUUUUAUUUGGAACAACUUGGCUGGAGAUAUUAAUGGUUGCUUUUGUAGAAUAUUUUAGUGCGAAAUCUAGAGCUGGGAAAUGGUGAAUGCUUGGUAAGAUACGAUAUGGUGUUGGUGUACUUUUAGUUAUGGUUAUUCUUGUAAAGACUUGAUGCUUAAUAAAUGGAUGGGUUCUUGAGAUCCUUUAGAAGAUGGGAUAAGUUCAUAGUUCUAUUCGGUAGCCUGGAAUGGUUUUUGCUGAGGCUUUAUGCCUCAUAAAUAGUGGGUAUGGUGUGGACAAAUCACGUCGUUUGCUACCUUUUGGAUAAUCGAGCAAUUAUGGAACUCUGUAUGAAGUCCUUGAAAUUAGGUUGUAUAGAUUUGAUUGUGCCUUGAUGUUCUUGUACAGUUUUGUUGUCAUCUCCGACAUGUAUUUAGAUAUUGGGAUAGUUCUGAUCUUGAAUAAAUGAAUACGCACA